AGUGGGGGCACUGUGGAGUUUACUAAUGGAGGGGGAGCAGAAGAUGAGCUUCACCAUUCCAUGCCCCACUGCUGGCACUCAUGCACACCUCAUCCUUUCUACAAAAACUCUCCGUAGUGUUCCCAUCUCUGCUGACCCUUUUGAAGGGAGAGUUCCAGAGGAGAAGAGAGAGAAAGAUCUAAUGGAGUACGAGAGGAUUGAAAAGGCUCAGACUGGUAUGAUUUCUCCAAGUAAACUGAGGAUGAGGCUUAUGGGGCCUCAUCACAGAAAGAAAGAUGGAUCAAACGGCAACUCCUCAAGAACAUCUCCAUCCAGGCUUGAGGAUAAUGAAUUUGUCAAAAACAGCCUAUUGGCCUCUGAAAGCGGAGACUUUGAUGAGGAAGUUGUAGCUUAUGGUGUAGAAGUUGCAACACUGAAAGUUCCCAGUGAGACACUGGUGGUUUCCGGUCUGGAUGAUCAAACUUCUGGCCAGCCAAGGGAGUCACUGGCAAAGGAGAAUGGUGAAGUGGGUCCUGUUAAAUUGCAGCAGUACUCAAAAGUUGAUACUGUUAAUUCAAGUUCAAUUCACCCGACAAGGAUGCUAGAAGAUGAAAGUCUUGACUAUGAUAGUAAUGCUAGUUCAUCUAGCUUUGAGUUCCAUAAAGGGGAGAGAGCAGUACAUAAUACCAUGAGGUCAUUCUCAAGACCUAUGUCAUCCAAGUGGGAUGAUGCAGAGAAAUGGAUAGUGAAUAGGCAAAAUGUACAAAUUAAUUAUUCUAAGAAGAAUGCUUCAUACAACCAAGCCAAUCGAUUCCCCAUGACAAAUGUGGUGAGAGUUGCUUCAGAGUCUACAAAUUUUGAUCAUAGAUCAGCUGUCACCCGGGCUGCUGACACCAAGCGGUUUGAUUUCUGUCAACCUGCUACACAGUUGGCAAUUGAGAAAUUUUCUUUCAUUCCUGCUGGAGGUCACCCUAUUUCAGGUCAAUAUCAUGGAAGAGAUUCCUUAGCUGAACAGUGUCCUCAAGGUAAGGAUUUGAGGGAGGUAGCUCACAGGGAGUUAUCAUGUACACAAAGUUCAACAGAAGAUACAGCAGUUGUACCUGCAAUAAGGUCAGUUUGUAUGAGAGAUAUGGGAACUGAAAUGACCCCUGUUACAAGUCAAGAGCCUUCAAGGACUGCUACCCCUGUAGGGGCAACAACCCCAAUCCGGAGCCCAACUUCUUCAAUCCCAUCUACUCCCCGAGGAGGGCUGCCACCAACACCCUUUUGUGAUGAGUCACAGCAUCCCACUGAUAAUGGCAAGAAAGAACUUUCAGAGCAAGAACUGAAGCUGAAGACCAGGAAAGAGAUUGUUGCCCUUGGUGUCCAGCUUGGCAAGAUGAAUAUUGCUGCUUGGGCAAGCAAAGAUGAGCAGGAAAAGAACAAAUCUUCAGCAGAAACUGCUAAUAUGGAGGAGCUUGAGAGGCACGAAAAUGGAAAACGUGCAGCUGCAUGGGAAGAAGCUGAAAAGUCUAAGCAUAUGGCAAGGUAUAAACGUGAAGAGAUCAAAAUCCAGGCAUGGGAGAGUCAGCAAAAAGCACAAUUAGAAGCAGAGAUGCGGAGGAUAGAGGCUAAAGUUGAGCAAAUGAGAGCCCAAGCUCAAGCAAAGAUGGUAAAGAAGGUAGCAAUGGCAAGACAAAGAUCGGAAGAAAAGCGAGCUGCAGCUGAAGCCAGGAAAGACACAGAUGCAGAAAACACUGCUGCCCGAGCAGAAUACAUUCGCCAGACUGGGCAGAUGCCAUCAUCUUAUAGAAUGUCUGUCUGCUGUGGUUGGUUGUCAUAAUAUAAUAAACUAUGGAUAGAAGUAAGAUCCCCCAUACACCUUAGUUAGGAUAAAGCGGCAGCUAGUAUAACUUGUCUUGGGCAUUAUUGAGGAUGCAAGUGUUGUAUUUGAGUGGCCUCAGUUUUCAAGUUGUUUACAUGAAAAUGAAUAGUGCAUUUGAUG